CUGCCUGAUCAUCAGCGUCGUCGCCUUUCACCUCGACUCCUCUUCUGGGGAUUCAAGUCGUUCCUGCUGGUCUUUUUUGCACCCCCUGAACUCUUUGUCUUUUGAUUUUCUCACAUGUCUACCAUCGCCCAACGACAUUUACCUCGCGAUCAGCCAAAAAACAUGAAUCAAUCUACUUAUUCUUCUCGAAGUCAUUACCGACCUUUACCAAAGACCGCCUCGGCUCGAGGCAAUUGGAAGCUGGACACCUUUGUCGAUAAGACAAGCGGACAACAGAAAGAAAUCGUUAUUCUCGCUGAUACCCCUAGUCCUGCUCCGCAUGCAGGUCCAUCCAGAUCCAAUGGUUUGUCACGGAAUGAUGUUCACAUCGCGGGGAGUAAGAGCAGCAAGACCACUUCUUCACAUCGCCCCACCUAUGAUUCCCCCGCCCAUUCAGCGUACUACGUGCCCAGCGGAUACCCGGACUCCAAACCCACGAAAGGGAAACGAAAAUAUGAUUCAUACUCAUCUGGUCAACAACAGCGGGAAGAGGAGCGUGAGCGUAAACGUCGCGAACAAGAGAAACUACCGAUAGAUGACAAGGAGGGGCACUACAUCGUUCGGCCCGACGACGUGCUUGGUGACCAUCGGUACCAAGUGGUGAAACUUCUGGGCCAAGGAACAUUCGGAAAGGUGGUACAGGCUAUUGAUCUUCACUCUGGACUUGAUCGCUCCGGUCGAAGGAGAGAAGUCGCGGUCAAGCUUACUUUUUUAAAUCAUUGUACAGACCGCGAUGCCAGCAAGAUUGAAAUUAAGGUACUCAACCUCCUGAGGGAACGAGAUCCAGAGAAUGUCAAUAAAUGUAUUCACCUAUUAGACUAUUUCGAUCAUCGAAACCACAUAUGCAUCGUCUCCGAGCUGCUCUCACAAUCGGUCUUCGACUUCUUGAAAGACAAUCAAUACAGUCCAUUUCCUCUUAGUCAUAUCCAAAGUUUUGCCAAACAAUUAUUAUCGAGUGUUGCUUUUCUACAUGAGUUGAGACUUGUGCAUACGGACCUAAAGCCUGAAAAUAUCCUCUUGGUUGAUGCUUCAGCAUCUGUGCUCUCUACCAGACAUCCAAAAGGAAAUGGCAAGUCAUCAAAGAAAGUUUUGCACUCGUCGGACAUCCGUCUCAUCGACUUUGGCAGUGCUACUUUUGAGGAUGAGUACCACGCAGCUGUUGUCUCCACCCGCCACUACCGCGCGCCUGAAAUCAUUUUAAACAUGCCCUGGUCGUACCCAUGCGAUGUCUGGUCCAUUGGCUGCAUUCUCAUAGAAUUCUUCACUGGUGAAGCGCUCUUUCAAACCCACGAGAACCUAGAACAUCUUGCAAUGAUGGAGGCUGUUUUCGGGAGCAUGCCUGACUCUUUGGUCAGGAAAGCAGCGAGGAACCGUCCUGAGUGGAUCACAGAAGACUAUUGCUUGGACUACCCUCAGCCCAGCACCUCGCGCCAGAGUAAAAAGUUUGUCCGUGCGAUGAAGCGUCUGGAGGAUAUCAUCCCGCAAACAUCCAUCGUCAAUGCACGUUUCAAGGAUUUGCUUAGUAAAUUAUUAGAGUGGGAGCCGCACAAGCGAAUCACUGUCAGAGAAGCCUUGAAACACAGCUAUUUCACUCUUAAAAUUGACGACGAAGGAACAGGUUACUAGUUUUCAUUUCCUUUUAUGUUUCAACUUGUUUGUAUGAAUUGGCUUCGAACUUUUUUUUAUCUCUCGGUCAACAAAAAAAUAAAGGGAUGAGACUAAAAUACUGACACACAGGUCUAAUUUCUACUCAGUGAGAUGUAUAUUCUAAUCGAAUCUUUCAUAUUUUUCACUCGACUUUAAACGUAUCAAUAUUAUCCUUGUCGUCUACAUUGUGUGCUCCUUAAAACAGAUUUACUUGAUCUGAUGAUACAUUGUCUUUUACCUUUUCACUGUUGUCAUUGUGUGUCUUUGCUUUGCAUCAUUUAGCUCUACCCCGUUUCUCUUCCGUGAGAUCAAAUUAUAAUUAGGUACAUUCCUUGAUUGCUCAUC